AAAACUUAUACUGAUCGAUGUAACAUUGUCCAGGCCACUCUCAAAGUCCUAUGCUAGUUUGACGAUCUUUCGCUAUGGCUCUUGGAAGAUUCAAAUUCUUUCCUUUGUUUCUAGGCAUCAUAUCAUGCCUCUCAUUAAUUGUAUGUGUGAUAACAGAUUACUGGUAUGUCAUUAAACGGUCAAAGGAUGAGCAAACCAACGAGGGAUUAUGGAAAAUAUGCGAUUCAGUGAGGUGCAAGAAAAUCUCUGGCAAUAUAGAAGGAUGGGCUCAAGCAGUAAGAGGGUUCCUGAUCAUGUCUAUUCUAACAUCGAGCAUAGCAAUCAUCUUCUACUUCAUUGCUCUUCGAUUUGUUAAACUUAAAGCUGUCUAUCCAUGCGGCCUGUUAAUAACAAGUAUGCUUAUCAUCUUCUCAAUGACUGUUUAUGGAAUCAAGAAGAAGACGGUUUCAGAUAAACAAUUAGAUGUCGAGUUUGGGUAUUCAUACAUGAUUGGCUGGGCUUCAGGGUCCCUAUGUACUGUCGCCACCAUCUUUGCCAUUUACGAUGUACGUAAACGAAGACCAGCAGCAACAACAACAACAACAACAGGUAUUGCCAUGGAAACCACUGAAGAAAGUCAGUAUACAGUUUCCUCCUGAAAAUAGGUUUUUGUCGAACACGUUUCCUUAACAGAAAAGAAAACAUUGGUAAUGAAUGGAGUGUAAUUGUUAUUGUGUCAGUUUCAUUUGUUAUAGAUGGGCUAAACCAUAGCUAGCAGCUUUCAGGCAGAUCUAUAGAAAGCAGUAGCGUCGAGAGGAGCGAUCACGUCGCUCAAAAGCACAUGAAAACGAAUGGGAUGGAAAUGUAAACAACUUCUUAUUUUUAAUGUUAUCCUGAAUGCAGAGAGCAGGGAAAAGUAAAUGGUUUGGAUUAUGCAAUUGAGAGCUAUGUUUCCUGCAAAAAUUUCUUUGAUUCCAACGCACUUUAAUUAAGAUUUUCAGUGGUCUUGUUUAUUUGGUAUCCUUGAAUUGGGAAGUUUCAAAAGGAAUCGUGGACUACGGAAGCAGAUCGUGGACAUCAAUCUUAACAGUUCCAUCAAGGUCACACAAAGCUAUUCCAUCAAAAAGAGACAUUAGACAGAGCAAGCAGAUUUAGAUACAGUUAAACCAGCCUCUUGGGCGGAAACGAAAAAGAUUUUGAUAUCAGCUAUUGAACAAUCUUUUUAAUCAUGGAGGAUCAGAACUGUUUCUGAUUAAAAUGUAAAAGUACAGCUCUUUGACAGUGGCGUAGCGGAGGCACCUUCGGCCCUUAACAUGAAAAAAAUUUAAGGGGCCUUGGGCCCUUAACAUGAAAAAAAUUUAAGGGGCCUUAAUGAAUAGGCCCUCAGUUUUCGAAAUAAGGUGUCGUAAACUGCGUUACGCCACUGUUCAUUGAGAUAGAGAACCUGCAAACUGGAACUAAGAGAUUCAGAUGUAUUAAUUGUUUGAAUCAACUAUGCAUCUAUUAACCUGGUAUUUGUGCUAAUUUGUUUGUAAUUGCAAUCAAACUAUCGAAUUUCCUUAAACUUUCUA